GAACCCCUCCCUUUCUCCUCAUUCACUCCUGUGCAGGUUUAUCCUGAAAGGUAAAGAUGUGAAUUCACACUGCGACUUGUCAACCUGUGAGCGGAUACUACAGCAGGCAGGCAGGCUGCCCUCACAGCCCGUCGGAGCAGCUUCAUGUGAUGUGAACAUUUUCACUUCAGUCUGCAGGCCUCAGCAUGAUAGCAUCUAUUCACACUCCAGUAUCUCCAGUGGGCAGACAGUGACGACCAGACGCUACUAUGCGAUGUGUGUAAGGGACCAGUGGUGGUGUUGUGGCCCCAGUCGGGAUGCUGCUGACGGCCGGUCAGUAUGACUCUGCUGGACUUGUGGCUGUCGCGCUCCAUCCCCAUGUGCCUGCUCCUUCAGAGCCUUGUCCUCAUGGCCCUGUGCUUCCCCUCGGCCAGCAUGUGUCCAAAGGGCUGCAUCUGCCAACGCGACCCCCAUCUCCACGGCCUCAAUGUCACUUGCAGUCAGUCCAGGCUCAAAGAGAUCCCUCCCAGCCUCCCAGUCGACACUGUCCUGCUGAGGCUGGACCACAACCAGAUAGGCGCUGUGCCCGAUCAAGCCUUCCAUGGACUCAGACUUUUGAGGGAGCUCAACCUUUCUUACAAUGCGGUGGAGACAUUGGGAGAAGGUGCUUUCAGUGGCAUAGAGGCAACAUUGCAGGUGCUGGACCUCUCUCACAACCGCAUCACUAGCGUACACAAGGAUGCCUUCGCUCGGCUCAAGGCCCGUGUCAUUGUUGAUGAUAACCCCUGGCAUUGUGACUGUGCCCUCCAGCAGGCAAUUGGUGGAAUGGCCCACAACCACGAGGCUGCUGCUCGGGUUCUCUGCAGGAGCUCAGAACUUCUUGACCAAGAGGGACGACCCUUCUUGGCAGUGGACACUGACCUCUGUAACCUGGCCAAAAGGACCACAGACUAUGCUAUGCUAGUGACCAUGUUUGGUUGGUUCGCCAUGGUGAUUUCAUACGUGGUCUAUUAUGUUCGUCAGAACCAGGAGGACGCCCGACGCCACCUGGAGUACCUCAAGUCUCUCCCCAGCAAGCCCAAGAAACCUGACGAGGCUGACGACAUAAGCACUGUUGUCUGACAGCAGUGUCAUAAUGACUGCAUCCCACAAAAACCUAAUGAACACCAAAAUGUUUAUGUAACAGGACCCGCAUUUUUAGUGUUUAAUAUUUCAAACCUUUAGGUGAUGUGAGCAUCAGAACUGCUGAGAAAUCUUUGUAUUUUGGAAAUUUUGUCGUAUGUCCUUACCAGGGUUUGUUCAUGACUGAAUCUGAGAUGAGAUGAGGAGGGAGGCCACAGGGUCUAAUAGUCUAAUACCACCAUUGUCUUUUCUACAAAAAUUGCUUAUGGAGUUUUGAAAAUUUGAAUCUCAGGUUUAAAUAUUGACAUGGUAAUGGCUUUUUUUUAGAUGAAAAUUUGGAGUAUCUAAUAAAAAGUAUAUUUGUAAGACAUGACACCCUA